AUGCAGUUCACCAAGCUCGUCGCCUUCGCCGCCCUCUUUGUGAGCGGUGCCCUCGCAGCCGACUACACCUGCGGCUCCCACUCCUACAGCGACAGCGAGGUUAGUGCUGCCCAGCAAGCUGGAUACGAGCUGUACGAGGAGGGCUCCACCGUCGACUCCUACCCCCACCAGUACAAAGACUACGAGGGCUUCGACUUCCCCGUCCCGGGCAACUGGUACGAGUUCCCUAUUCUCAGCUCAGGCGAGAUUUACGAUGGUGGUUCCCCUGGUGCCGAUCGCGUCAUCUUUAACGAGCAGGGUGAACUUGCCGGGUUGAUUACCCACACUGGGGCUUCGGGUGAUGACUUUGUCGCUUGUGAGGGUGAUGACUUUUCUUAA